AUGGAGAAUCUCGACAUUAAUAAAGUUAAUUACGAUGGUGAAGAGAUUCGAUUAGAGGUAAGUGUCAACAAUGAAGGUUUGCCAAAAGCAGCGGAUGAUUUGAAAGUCCGCAAAUUCCAUGGUCAUAGGAAACAUGCACCACCGCCCCUCAUUAUCGAUGAUACCGUCGUAAUUGAAGAGUUGAGUUUCCUACAUAGACUUUCGAUGAAGCUUUCACGACCUGGAUUCGAUUGGGGAAUUGGUUGCUUCGGUAAUCUUUCUAAAAUAGUUGAAACAGGUAAGAAUGAAUGUGGCGAUCUAUAUUGGUUUGAUUUAGUUGAAAUCAUUACUGCAAAGGAGCUCUUCGAGGGAAAGCAAACCUGGGAUAACGAUGACGCUUGGAUUAUUUUCGUACGUUCAGCCCAGGAAAAGGAAGACCGAAAAUCUGAAGUAGAGUUGGCCAAGUUCCACGGGGUAGAACUGGAAAAUGAGAAAGAAGGCGAGCAAAUUCACGUCCGACCUCGCAAUUCAGAUGCGGACAGAUUUUUAGCAAUGCUUGAUGAUAUGGAAGCAGCUUUCCAAGAAGGAGUCGAAGCACGAACUAUUCCAACCUCUGUAGAAUACCCUAGAUGGGUAGCUCUGAACUUUAGAGACUGGAUCGAAGAAGCGGACUUUAUUGAGGCAAAUGUAACCGCGCCCGGCGGAUCCAGAUACUACACUUCUUCAGAUACCAAUGAUAUGUGA